CCUCGACAGCACAUCAUCAUCGUCAUCAUCGGGCUAGGUGGCAAAGAUGGCGGCGGCGGGGGGAGGCUUGUUUACGCAGGACACAUGGAAGAACUGGGAAAAAUCGGGCAAGGCGGAGGUGGUGCAGACACUUAAACAACUGCUCAAGGAGGAUGGCGACAACCCAGGCCUGUCAAAACCUGGCCAGACCAAAGACUUGUCCCGGGCGCUGUAUGAGCUGGUCGGUGCCGUUGUGCGCGGACACUUGCGCCGGGACUAUGCCAGGCCGCUGCUCACAGACAUGGUGAACUGGCACCCUGAUAUGGCCUCCCAGCUGGUGGAGGUGGCAACACUGCUGGACCUGGAGACGUCGGCGGUGGAGCGCAUGACCCGCAACAGAGACCACCUGCUGGGUCUCCUCAAGUCCCUAGAUGCUGACCGCCUUCUGAAGGAGCGCCUGGAGAUUGAGACGCUCGGGGACGCCGGCAUCGUCAGGAACAAGAAGAACUUCCACACCAAGCAGAUCAAAGUCAAGACAAAGUUGUUUUACAAGCAGCAAAAGUUCAACCUGCUGAGGGAGGAGACAGAAGGGUACGCCAAACUGGUGACGGAGCUCAACCAGGACGUCACAGAGCGCGUCACGCCGUCCUCCAUGAUACAAGUUAUCCGCAGCCUCAUAGGUGGCUUCAACUUGGACCCAAAUCGCGUUCUGGACCUCAUCCUGGAGUCGCUGGAGUCCCGGCCACACCUGCACCAGUUCUACACGGGGCUGCUGAGUCAGUACCCGUGUGAGUCAGCCACCAUCAGCGAGAUCCUGGGCUUUAAGCUGAACGGCAGUGUGCGGGAGGGUGGCGGCAAGGAGGCUCAGGGCAUAUACACCACCAUCGCCCUCCUGGUGCAGGCCGGCAUACUGCUCCUCCAGGAUAUAUAUGUCUGGCUGACCCCCGAUGAUGCGUCCAUGAUUGAGGAGUACCAGAAGGAGGAGUUUGAUGCCAACGAGAUGGCGCGGCUCAUCAACGUUGUCUCCACCAAGGACAAGGACAAAGAGAAAGAGAAGGAGAAGGAGGAGGAGGAGAAGGAGCGGCUGGAGCAGCAGAGGAACCCGGAAAAAUACCUCAACAACCAGAAGAUUCAGCUCUGCAUCGCCCUCCUGCAGGUUGGGGACUGGGAGCACUUCCAGGAGGUGUCGCGGCGGUUCCCAGACUACUACCUGGUGUCCUGCCCACCCGUCAGCAAGGCUCUCUGUACCUUCAUACACUCCCUCAUUGAGCCCGUAUAUAGGAGAGUGUGCCACCUCCCCAAGCGUCUCCAGGGCACAGUGGUUGAGCCGCUGGACAACCCCCGCGCCACACAGCCAGCCGCCAACUACAACGAGCUGGUCAGCACCGUGUUCCCCAUGCUGUCCGUGCUGGGCCCACACCUCUACCAUGACCCAGGCCUCAUGUACAAGGUGCUGAGGGCUGCACGACACGCCCUCAAGCAGAUCCGGGUUGGCUCCAAUGGCAUGCGUGGCGACUUCUACUACGAGUUCUUGGACGUCCUGGAUGAGGUGCUGCUGCCGGCGCUCUCCAUGCUGGACGCCAACCCCUGCCUGGCCGAGGAGAUCUGGGAGACGCUCAAAAUAUACCCAUACCAGCACAGAUACAAGCUGUACGGGCGGUGGAAGAAUGAGACGUGCAACCAACACCCUGCACUGGUACGGCGGCGCACGGCCCUGCUGAAGAAGGCCAAGUUCAUCAUGAUGCGCAUCACCAAGGAAACCAUCAAGCCCGUCAGCCGUGGCAUUGGCAAGCUGACGCACAACAACCCCGGCCCCAUCUUCCAAUACAUCCUGAUACAAGUCCAGCUGUACGACAACCUGAUUGGGCCGGUGGUGGACAGCUUCAAGUACCUCACGUCCCUCUCCUACGACAUGCUGGGAUACUGCAUCGUGGAGAUACUCUCAGAGAACAAGGACAGGAUAGCCAAUGAUGCCAUGGCCAUCUCCACGUGGCUGCAGUCGCUGUCCAGUUUCUGCGGCGCCGUGUACAAGAAAUACCCGAUAGACCUGGGCGGCAUCCUGCAGUUCGUGGCCAACCAGCUCAAGGCCGAGAAGUCCAUCGACCUGCUCAUCAUGCGGGAGAUUGUGCAGAAGAUGGGCGGAACGGACACACUGGAGGACCUGACCCCAGACCAGCUGGACGCCAUGUGUGGAGGUGAGCUGCUGCGGCGCGAGGCAGGUCAGUACCAGCAGGAGCGCAACACCAAGCGCUCCUCGGUGCGGCUCAAGGAGGCCCUGCUGGAGCACGAGCUGGCCGUGCCGCUGCUGCUGCUCACGGCCCAGCAGCGGUCAUCCGUCGUGUACAACCAGACCGAGUCCCCGCACCUCAAGCUGGUCGGCAAACUAUAUGACCAGUGCCAGGACACCAUGGUACAGUUUGGGUCGUACCUGUUCCAAGCGGUGACCAUCGACGAGCUGUCCGGCCGCAUGCCCCCCAUCGGCACCCUGCUCUCGGACUGCCACGUGUCGGCUGAUGUGGCAUUCUUUCUGGCACGCCCACUCUUCAUUAACAUGCUCAACGCCAAGUAUGACGAGCUGCGCAAACAGGACAAGGGUGAGAAGAAGGUGACACUUGAGCAGAAGAAAGUGCGCUACCUGGAGGCCUGUGCCGAGGUGUUUGGGCCUAUCGUCACCAGCAUCAGGCCGCACUUCAGCAUCAAGGUGUGGGAGGACAUGGACCCCUCGUUCUUCCUCACCUUCUGGACGCUGACCAUGUCCGACCUGGAAGUGCCGCACCACAUGUACGAAAAGGAGAUCAAGAAGAUUGACCCCAAUCAGCAGUCCUCCGGCAACAAGCGUAAGAAGGAGACCGACAGACUGCUGGCGCUGAAGGAGAAGCUGCAGGAGGAGGAGAAACGGCAGAAGGAGCAUGUGGACAGGGUGCUUGCCAGGCUGCAGCAGGAGAAGGACCGCUGGUUCACCCUACGGGGCGCUCGCUCCCCCAAGAACGACACCGUGACUGCCUUCCUCCAGCUGUGCCUCUUCCCGCGCUGCACCUUCACCGCCCUCGACGCCAUCUACUGCGCCAAGUUCGUCAAAAUGCUGCACAGCCUAAAGACUCCAAACUUCUCAACGCUCAUCUGCUACGACCGGAUGUACUGCGACAUUACGUACACCGUGGCGUCGUGCACGGAACAGGAGGCGCACCGCUACGCUCGCUUCCUCCUGGGCACGCUGGAGACGGUGAUGCACUGGCACGCCUCGCAGUCCAACUACGAGCGUGAGUGUGCGUCCUACCCGGGCUUCGUCACCAAGUACAGGGUGUCGCGGCAGGAGGCAAAUGACUAUGUGGAUUACGAGAACUAUCGCCACGUGGUCCACAAGUGGCACUACAAGAUUACCAAGGCCCUCAUCACGUGCCUGGAGAGCAGCGACUACAUCCAGAUCAGGAACGCCAUCCUCAUCCUGCAGGGCAUCAUCCAGCGGUUCCCGGCCAUCAUCAACUUGGCCGGUGUCAUUGAGAAGAGGAUAGAGAAGGUCAAGGUGCAGGAGCGUAACAGUCGCAAUGACCUCUACGUGCUGGCCAACAGUUACUCUGGGCGUCUGAAGGCCAUCAAACCCAACCUUCCACAAGAACCAGAAUUCCACAUUGUCUCCAAGCGCCACCAUGCCCCCAAGGUGGUCAACGGCACCCCUAACAGUGUGCCGGGUGCUGGCGGGGGCGGCACUGGUGGUGGUGAGAAGGAGAGUAAAGCUAUGGGGGUGACGAGUGAGAGUCAGCCGCAGGUGGUGGUAAAGCAGGAGGUGGAGAGAAUGGAGGUGGCCAAUGGUGAUGUGGUGGUGAAGGAGGAGAGGGAUACCAGGAAGGGAGACAGCACCAGUAAAUCGUCCAAAGAGAAGAGAGAGGUGUCCGACAAGAAGGGAGGAGGAGAGGAGGGGGAGGGGAAGAGGCAGGAUGAGAAGAAGAGGGAGGAGAAGGAGAAGAAGAAGGAGAAGGAGGAGAGAGAGGAGAAGCCGAGGAAGAGAUCCAAAGAGUCCAAGAAGAUAAAGCAAGAGGAGGAGGAGUACCAGGAGGCUGAGAGGGACGAGAGGGAGCGCGGCGAGCGGGAGCGGGAGAGAGAGAGGGACAGGGAGCGAGAGGGCAGCGUCACGUCCAACACAUCCUCCACGUCAACCAAGAUGGACCCUCCAGAAGCAUCGCCAAGAGGUUCAAAACGGCGCAAGACAGAUCAUGGUUCCAAGGUCAGUAUGGGGCUCAUCCACGGUGAUGACCCUCCCUAAUGUUAUUUGCAGUGUUAGUGUUAAGGCGAGAGAGAGAGAGAGAUAGAGGGCCACACCCCCCCCAUGAGGGACCAUCUUGUUGUCCACUGUCAACCGCCGUGGAUGCCAUUCCUGCCAUCGCUGGUGCCGGCUAUGACAGUUCCUGCGCUGCUGUCUUCCCCUCCGCCUCGCCUCCUUCCACUGCCGCUGCUGUCGUCGGCCGCUCCUUGGUGCUGUCCGUUGCUACCUCGGCAAGUCGCCCGGUCAACCAUAAUGUCGAUUCCCGGUGAUAGGAUUAAACGCCAACAUGAAUGAUUGAUACUGACCGUCAACCGAGCGCCAACCGACCCCUUUCUGCGCCCGUCUAGUCCGCCGCCCUGCCCCGCCCUGCUCCCCUGACGACCUUGUAACAUGCCCGCCCGCUCGCCAGAGAGAAAGAGAGAUAUACACACGGAAGUAAGAGACAAUGAAAAAUUAGCUGCAAUAAUUGAGAGAUAAAGUAAAAGAGAAAUAGAGCACAGUAAAGAAGUAUGACACAGCGUAUAAACUUUGAUACACCCGUGGAGACUUACUUGUCGUACAGAGAAAUGAAAGCUGUCGAGAGAGAGAGAUGAGACAGGAACAAGACACAGUGAUGGAAAUAAAGGGAACAGUGCAAUAAAAAGAGACAGUUAAUGAUGAGAGAAAAACAGAAAUACAGACUAAGAGACAUUUUUAUAAAGUGCGACAGAAAGACAAAAGAGAAGUAAGGAACACGGAUAAAGCCAAGAGACAGAAAGACAAAGAUUAAGGAAAAGCAAAACAGAGAAUUAAGAGAGAGAGAAAGAAAGGAAUUAGAGAGAGACUGAGAAUAUGAUAAAGACUACUGAGAUAAAUAUGAAGAAUGAUUGUGAGAGAGAAACAGAGACAGUGAGAUCAUGAUAACAUUGAAAAGGUUUACCAGUGAUUGUGAAGAAGUGAGACAUUACCAGAGAGAGAGAGAGGGAUAGAGACAAAGAAAAUCAGGACUGUGGAAAGUAAUCAGGCUUCUAAUAUUCUUGGCUAACCUCAGCACCUAAUAUUCUCGGCUAACCUCAGCACACCACCCUCACCCCCUCACCACCCUCAUCAACCCCAGCCUCAAGGGACGUGGAUGAACGCACUCGCUCGGACAAACAGAAAAACGUAUCGGCAAGUUUUCAAUGGCCAAGAAGAAGCAAAACGCCGCCUGCCACACUCCUGUACCUGAAAACUCUGAAAAAACAAACAAGCAAACAAACGACAGGUGUUAUCAUGUUUGUAAAUAGUUUGCAUGUGUACCUGAAACACACACACACACACACACACACACACACACACACACACACAUGCUCACGAACACACAUUAAUUCCUUUCACAGUGCAGUGCUUUGUGUGUGUGUGUGUGUGUCAAGGUGAGCUUACAUAAAGCAAAUAACUGAAUGAAGAAAAAUUAAGAAUGUUUGUGUGUAUGUGCUUGUCUGUGUUUUGUAAGAGGUCAUAAAAAGGCUUGUAAGUAUUCUAAAGAUGUGCACACACACACACACACACACACACACACACACACACACACACACACACACACACACACAAGACUAGGAUGACAUUAUAAGAAUUAGAAUUAGAGAAACUUGAGCAGUGUGUGUGUGUGUGUGUGUGUGUGUUUACAUAAUUGUAGUCCAGUUGUAUAUGUGUUAGUUUUCUUAUAUCAUUAUUAUUAUUUCAUUAUUUUAAUAACUUUUAUUAUUAUUAGCCAAAGAAAGACAUUAAUUAUACCCAGCCAGAGCUCCAAGCACCUGAGUGGUGCACACCGCCACCCUGCUGUACAGAGGGCGGGCCUCUCACUUUUAAGCAUGCAUGCACCACUCCUGUGGCUCCAGUCCUGGCUGGGGCAUUAUUAUUAUUAUUAACUUAGGGCAAGGAUGAGGGAGAGAAGAGAAAACACAUAGAAGGAAAAGAAAUGUAGGCAGGCAAAGGAAGAGGAAGAUGGGGAAAUAUCAUAAGAAUAGACAGAAAAUCAGAAAGGAAAUUUACACACACACACACUUACACAUACUGCUCCGAUAGCUGAGUGGUUAAAGCUUUGUGCUGCUUUGCAGCCUGACAGGCGGAGGUUCAAACCCUGCUCAGACUGGGAUUUUUCCGUUGACAAGAAGUGGCUACUGUCCCCCCUUGAGCAAGGGGGACCAGGAUGUGUGUGGUGUGUGGAGGUCCUGGCAGUACCCAGAGAUCGACUAUAAUGAGCCUUGCUCUUGUCGGGAGUGUACAUGCUGGCAAUGACAAGUCCAGCUCAUGAUCAGGCUGUGGUGAAUUACACGCACACAUAAUCAGAGAGAGAGAGAGAGAGGGACCACCAUGGCCUCAGACCCAGGCUUAAGGACAGCAUAAAAAGUCCAUUGAGACUUAGAAAAUGCAGACAAUUGAUAUCAUUGUUACACUUGUGGCAUUGUUGUGUCAUGCUCAGGUGGGAGAGAGAAAGAGAGAACAGUAUUUGGUUUUAGGCGAGACUGAAAGAAGAGAAAAGGAAUUAGUUGAAUGCAAAAGGAUUACCAAAGAAAUGAGUUCAUGGAAAGAUUAUGAUAAUAAUAGUAAUAAUAAUAAUAAUAAUAAUAAUAAUAAUUGAAGAUGGAGAAAUAAGUAUGUAUAUAGAUAGAUAGAUAGACAUUCAUGGAAGGAUAUGAAUGACUUACACACACACACACACACACACAUACACACACACACACACACCUGGGGGCACGACACACCGUCUUGCUGACACCCGGCACCCAUGCACUGCCGGGUGGACACGGGGCACGGAUGAAAGGAGGCUGCCCAACCGUCUCCGCUCAUCCCGAGAAUCAAACCUGUGACCUCUCAGCUGUGAGGCGAGCGAGCUAAACACUUCACUAUGUAACGUGUAUCUGUGUGUGUGUGUGUGUGUGUGUGUGUUCGUUCUUGUGUCUCCUUCACCAUGGUCUGAUCACAUGCUGGACUUACAAUGGCCAGUUAGUACCCUCCUUAUUUUGAGUUAUGUAGUAUGUGUAUGUAUGCAUGUAUGUAUGAAAUUCAGUACAAAUCUACAUAGGCUGUUUGUACUCUUAGCCUCUAUACAUACAAAUACACCAUGUACAAAUAUGUAUAACGAGCAUUGAAGUAGCUAGGGUCUCAGGCGUCCAGGAGGUAGCAUUUUCAUAGUACAUACAUUGUGACCCAGUGAGCAGGAGGAAGGCUUCAUUUUGCCGGGGUUUGCUGUGUAUUGGAGACCUCUGUGUGUGCUCAGGGUUGUGAGGGAAGAAGGUCAACAAACACAAUCUCUAAACACACAAGAAUAUAAUACUG